AAACAAAUGCUCUAUCUCCUGGAAUCUCCGCUGGUUUGACAAUCUUGAUCCUGUCAUUAGAGCGUCCAUUUGCCGACUCACUGGAUCAUUCCUCAACCCAUCCAUUGAAAAGAAUCGCGAGGGAAAAUGCGGGAUGCUGAGGUAUUCCGGACGCUCUAGUUUGAUGCUCGGGAAGUGAUGUUGGCCAAAACAAAGAACCCAAGCUCAAAUCAAGCCAUACUUCUUUAGAACCAUUCAAUUGAAUCAUAUCUUUGACAAUGUCGAACGAGAGUACUACCCGAGAUGAUGAGCCAAUAGACUUGAUGACAGUACCGGUGGGAUCUGCAGUUGCGGAUGAUCAGGAUGGUGUGGAGGAUGCCGUCCCUCCGACGGAUCAUAAUCAAGAUCCCAAUGAUAGGAAAUUGACCCGACAAUACAAGUCGACCAUGGAGGCGUGGGAACACCUUCGAGCAGCUGAAAAGAUGGACGACUCAAUGAUGCCCGUCUGUCCCCAACACGCGCGUCAUUCCAUUUACAGUUUCAAGGCAACAGGACAUACGUGUCAUGACUGCGCCGAGAGAGAUCGAGACCACAUGAGGACGUAUCGAAAGUUGGCUCAAGAAUACCCCAACAUUUACUCGUGGUACUACCUGGAUCCCAAAGACGUUCAAUAUCGAUGGCAUAAGGACAUUGUGCUGCUCUGUUUGGGCAUAUCCGUCCAGGUCAUGGUUCCAGUGGCAAUUGCCAUUCAACUGAGACAAGACUUGGAAGAAGCUCAGUAUGGCUUGUGUCGACACACCGACGAGUCCAAGGGUUUUGGCAAAUUCUUGGCCAUGAUUCUCAGUGUCUACUUUGGAGUGGUCAGCAUGAUUAAUUUUCUGGGCAAAGUUCGAGGAAAUGCCUUUUUACUAUAUUUUUGUACACCCAUUGGCGAGCAACGACGACACAUUCUGAUUGCCGGCUUUUGCGCUCAAUUCCUGGGAGCCGUGGCUGCCAAUAUUGCGCAGUAUUUGCUCUUUGUGAUUCGUGGACAAGAUGAUUACCUGUUGCUGCUGUUUACCGCCUUAACCAUGCAAGCUACGUUGAAUGCCGACAGUUCCAAUUUGAUAUCGCCGUUGACUGGUGAAAAGGUGGCCAUGAUCAUUGAUAUGGUGUUUUCGGAUGACAAUCUGUCGCUGGGGCAGAAAGGCGAGCCACUUGGCGAGGACUUGUCCACAAUGCUACACAUGUUUCGAAUAGUUUACAACGGCUUGGCGCUUUUGAUGGGUGCCUUUAGCCUGUUUCUGACGGUUGCGGUGACCUACUGCAUCUAAGACAGGCCCCAACAACAUUGUUUGGAAAGACUCUUUCUUUGGUGCAGAGCUUUGAACUGUACUUCGAAAAAGAAAAAGUGCAACAACGUGUACGGUACCGGUACUAUAGUAGUUGG